ACCAGGCACUUCUAUCGCAAAGAAGCUCCCUGCAAGUCAAACAGCAGUUGUUAUUAGAUUAGUACUUUAUCUGCGCUAAAUUAUCCAGUGGCAAAAGAAUAGCACUUUCAGUUCCGGUGAAAGUUUAUCGUGCGAGUUGUGUUGUUUGGGAAAUCGUUUGGAUUCUUCGUCGGAAUCGCCAAGUGGCCCGUCCAUCGCUUCAGCAGUGGUGAAAAUCCCCAGUUUCUCAUUGCGAGUCAUAACAGAACGACUGAUUCUCCAGCGGUUUUGCAUCCGGGAAAGUGUUGUUAAUCAUCAGCAGCUUGUUGGGAUUGACGAGUGAAGAGGCAUCGGAAGGUUUUUUUUUCGUGAACCCGAGUGCGCAGAAAUUCGUCAAAAUUAGUGCGGAAUCGAGAGUACGUAAGAUGUCCCUCCAGACGGACUCACCGGAUGCGAAAAAGCCCUGCAAGGGUAUUUUGAAGUCGUCCAGCAGCUUCGACAAGCACGCCACAACGGCGGCCGCGGCUUCGUCGGUCAGUCAUCGGAAAAGUGCGAAAUUCGAUGAGCUGAACGUGCUGCAAACGUACCACCCACCGGACAAGGAUUACGGACACAUGAAAGUGGACGAACCGAAGACACCGUACAACUAUGCGGAACCGGAAGAUCUGGAUCAGCUGGACGCGGAGCUGCUGGCAGAAAAACUGCGGGUGGCUGCUAAUUCGAAAAGUGAUUCCAUCUCUGGCGAGGAGUCUUCCGACGAGGAGGAAGAAGACCUAACCGACGAGCAGAAGCAGCACAAGCUGGAAUUCGAACGACGUCGAAAGGCCCAUUACAAUGAGUUCGAGGCGAUCAAGCUGGCUCGGAAGCUGAUCGAGGAAGAAGACGAAGACGACGGCGAUAACGAUGCUUCCAAGUCGUUGGAGAACAGUAGGACAAGUGACGACUCGCCAGAUAAGCAGCAGAUGGAGGUGGAAGAGCAGGACGAGAUCGAUCGGAAGAAUGGCGAUGGGGACGAGGCUGAGGAGAGCAGUCAACAACCGGCAGGUACCACUUCUAUUGAAGCCGAUGAGGUUUAGAGUUGAAUCUUGGUCGUCACCUUCUCGACCAUUAUCCGGUAGGAUUCGAUCCGAUGCGAAAUCAGAGUUUUCCAUUCUUGCUCUGAGAUGUUUUAGCGUUUCUUUUUUAGCGCAUCGAAUGAAAUUAUAUAUAUAUUUAUAUGUAUACUUUACAUGGGUGAAAUUAGUUUCAUAAACUUGAGCGCUCUUUUUUGAAAGUCAACCAUAACUAAAAGGCGAAAUCAUAUUUUAGUCAUCGCUUUAUUUAUUGUAUGUUUUCAUUUUGUUUUAUUUUCGCACGAAUUUGAGACGUUGAAUUUGAUGAAAAUUUUACUGCCUUUAUUUCAAAACUUUUACCGCAAGAAAUUUUUAUCCGAUUUGAAGUCCCUUCGAAUCUAUUCGAGUGAUAAUAAAACAAGCCCUUAUAGAAAGUUUGAGUUUACUCACGCUAACUUUUCUUUCUCUCUUUUCAUUUUCCUUGCUUUGGUUUCGCUUUAUCGCCUUCAUCUUCCUCUUCCCAAAAAAAAAACCGUAAGUAACCCUCGUCGCCUUGGUCGGGCAGGACCUUGAAACGGCCCGGACCGGCGAGGGUUCAUCACCGAUCCGAGUUACUCGUCGAUCGGUCAUUUCGUACAUUGUCAUCAUUUCCGCUGUGCUAACCAUUGUUUCGACGAUCCUUGUACUGUCGCUCAUUGAACUGGUUUGAGUUCACUUUCUCUGUCAUUCAGAUUUUCGGGGUAACACUAACCUUCAUCCAUUCACCCGCAGCUGAUAUAAACACAUACAUACACACUAGAGUGGGUCAACGUUGUAUGGAGAAUCUUUAAAUUUGAUCGUAUCAACACGGAACAAAGCUUUUUCAAUCUAUAUUAGUGUCCAAAGCAACUGUGCAAAAUUUGGGAGCGAUUGGUUGCGUCCCCGUAUUCCGCUUUGCGAUUGAAAUUUGUAUGGAAGUUAGUAUGGGAAAACGUACUUUUUUGCAUUUUACUCAUAAGUUGAAUUCUUUUGUCCAAUACCAUGUAACUAAUGACGUUAAAGUAUAGCCUAGGAUAAACCGAAAAACUUUGCCGAAUAUCACAAAGUGAUCCGACGCUUGUGAAAAAAGUUAUUCGCGUGGUAACUUAGGCCAAAAAUUGAGAUUUUAUUAUUGAUGUUAUUCCUUUACAUGUUAAAUGUUAAGCGCCACCGGGCAAUCUGUACGUUAUAUCUUUUUUCACAAGUGUCGGAUCACUUUGCGGUCUUCGGCAAAGUUUUUCGGCAUAUCCUAGGCUAUACUUUACCGUCAUUGGUUAGAUUGUUUUAGACGAAAAAUUUUAACUUAUGAGAAAAAUGCAAAAAAGCACGUUUUCCCAUAUUAAAUUCCAUACAAAUUUCAAUCGCAAUGCGGAAUACGGGGAAGCAACCAAUCGCUCCCAAAUUUUGCACAGUUACUUUGGACGCUAAAAUGAAACGAAAAAGCUUUGUUCCAAAAAAUCGACUUUGUUGACCCAGUCUAAUACACACUUACACGUGUAACAUGGUGCAACACUAGCGAUCAGCUCUUAUAUUCACUUUUUUAGUUUGUUGAAGUACUGUAAACUUCGAAAAUACGUUUCAUUUGCUUCAAAGUUUUUAUGCUCAUGCAGUUUCAUGUGACUGUGGACAUUCAUUUGUGAAAUCAGAUGAUAUUGGACAUUGUACAAAGCCCAUGGUUGUUCAGGAUGUCAACAUCAAUAAGACAUCGACUCAUUGAACCAUUAUGAAGAAAACUUGUAUGGCACUUUUCACAUCAAAACAUAGGUAUCAUCGUAUAUGGACUAUAACAUUGUGACAGCAGCCGAUUUAUGUUAAACAAACAAGGCACCGGAAGCGCUACCUGUUCAUUACAUAGCGACCGUUAUUCUGAAUGCUUCAAAAAUACGUAAACCCAAACUAUCCUGCAUUUGAAUAGCGCUAAUUCAAGGUUUCCGCCAGUUUCCUUACUAGUACUGUCAAGUCGACAUCGACCUGAACUUCAAACGGCAUAUAGUGUCUCAAUGUUUGCUUUUAUCUUUCUUUCACCUUUCAACUCAGGAAAGAUAAGACCUCGAAAAAGUGAUGCAAAGAGUUGAUUAUUACUGUUGUUGUACCAUGAUAAUAAGAGUGAGAAUUAGCGCCUAAAAUGCGAAACAAAACACUGAUCUUGAGUUUUAUUCACGAACGUCCUAGGUUUUGUAAGUUUCUUUUAUGCGUUUAAGUUUCAAUUUUUUGUAGAACUUAGUUUAGAUAUUACUGUCGAACCGACCGGAUUGAAAUCAAAAUUGGAUUGAACCACCUUCGCGAGAGAAUAACAUACAUUUAAACAAGAGAGGAAUAAAAAGAGAAUCUUGUUCAUAACAGAAUAACCUAAUACGCUUGGAUAACAGUCAAUAUAUUUUUUGUACUACUAAAUGUGUCCUAUCAUCCCUUGAAACCUCCCGAACAAAAGUCUAUUUACGUAUACAUUCGUCCAUAUUUGUUGUACGAACAAUUAGUGCGCUGUGUCUGUUGUGUGCGUAGAUGUUGGCGUAGUUGAUUUUAUUGAUUUUUCAGUCUUCUAUAAUCAGAUUUCAGAGCAGAUUUUUUUUUGGAUUUCAACACAUUGCUCACGUCGGCAGCAGUUCAUAAGGGAAAGCAAUUAGACCAAUGUUUGAAGAUUGAGAUAACGUGUAGUUCCUUCUGAGGUAGAGAGAAAUCAUACGGUCAGUAGAUUCAUAAAUUUAGGGUUUAGUCGGCUGUUCGAGUCCGUAUGAAGUUGAUCAUCAAUAUUAACUUCUUUUCUCGAUCAGCCUAGAUAGCUGUGUAGUGUCGGUAGCGAUUGUCUCAAUUGGCUAAGAAUAACACUACGGACCGCCUGUUCCGGUGGUAAGAAUCCACCAACAGGUGACCCCUAAUUCAUGGUGUGAUGCGGCUUUAUGCUUACCGUGCCUAGGAAUGAAUGGCUAGGGGGGUCUAAUAAAAACCUAACCGCUAACGGAGCCUGUGGAGUACCAGGGCGCCCUCCACAGUAUGUAGCCCUUACUGCGCUAACCGGAGCAAUGGUGCAGUGGACCUUGUGCUUCUCCGAGACAAUCAGCUGCCCUUCUUUAGUCUCACUUGAGGCUAAAUAAGGGCGGGAUUAUGAAGAUGUUGUUAAUUAGUUUAAAUUUUCACCUAUAUGGUUUCGCAUUAUGCGAUUUACACAGUGUAUUCUGUGUAUCCUCGCCUUUGGCGUUUUCCAAUCGAUACCGAUUUGGUUUUAUUGUUGCUGUUCUUUGUUGUGCUGCUGUUGCGAAGAGUUUAAUCUUACCUAGUUUGGGUAGUGGCUACGGUUAGGAUAGCUCAGAUCAAUCUUCAGCAUAAAAGAACAGCAACGAUCAAUCUUUGCAGACUUAUGCAAAAUGGUACAGCCCAAGUGGCCUUGGUACAAGAACCUUACUUUCGUAAGGGAAAUUUCUAUCUAGGAAACCUUGUGAACCCGGUGUUUGCCACUUUCAGUAAACAUGAAAUGGCAAACUCGCGUGUCAUGCCUCGAGCCUGUGUGCUUGUCAACAACGCAAUAGUUGCUACACUCAUCUCUGAACUAACCACCAGAGAUGUAUGUGCUAUCACAAUUGAUGUAUCUGUUGGAAACCUCAACAGGAAAUACGUCUAUUGUUCUGUGUAUUUACCACAUGAUGAACCAUCCCCUACGGAUGCUUUCAAACAAGUCAUCGCAUACUGCACUUCAAAAGGCCUUCCGCUAAUUGUUGGCAGUGAUGCUAAUGCUCACCAUAUCAUCUGGGGCAGCUCAGACAUUAACUUGAGAGGCUCCAGUUUGAUGGAGUACUUAAGUAGUACAGAUCUUGCAUUACUUAACAUAGGCAACCGCCCAACCUUCAUGGUAUCUGCUAGAGAGGAAGUGUUAGAUAUAACGCUUUGCUCUAGCAGAAUUAGUCACGAGCUGACCAAUUGGCAUGUGUCAGAUGAAGAAUCUUUAUCUGACCAUCGCUAUAUCUUUUUUGAACAUUUAAAUGUUACUUCGCAAACAUUGCGUUUCAGGAAUCCUCGGUCAACAAACUGGGAUCUUUAUACUGAUUUGGUUGCAGCCAAAUUUCAUGGAUAUUCACCAUCCAUUGACACUCCAAGUGAUUUAGAUGAUGCCGUUGAUACUACAACGACCUUCAUCAUGGAAGCUUUUGAAGAAGCAUGCCCUCUACGGUCUGUGAAGAUCACAAGAGGAACCCCUUGGUGGAACUCUGAUCUGGCGAAACUCAGGAAACAAUGUAGAAAGAGUUGGAACAGACGACGUUCGGCUGGUUCGGAGGCUUUCAGGUCGGCUCGCAAGGCCUACAGGAAAGCUCUCCGGUCUGCUGAACGAUCCGGCUGGAAAAACCUUUGUACAAAUGUUUCCAGCUUGAGUGAAGUCAGUCGGUUAAACAAAAUCCUUGCGAAAUCUAAGGAUUUCCGGGUGAACGAACUUCGUUUGCCAAAUGGCGAUCUGACUUCCUCUGAUGAGGAAGUUCUGGAAUGCUUAUUCAGCACACACUUCCCUGGAUGUGUGGAUAUUACAUCUUCGGAUGACCCUGAUGUCUUUUCUUGUAGUUAUGAUUCUUUAGCUUCGGCUCGGAGUAUUGUAACUAUAGAAUCGAUUGAGUGGGCUCUUAAUAGCUUUGCUCCUUUCAAAUCUCCUGGGGCAGAUGGGAUUUAUCCUAUUUUGCUUCAGAAGGGAUUUGAUUAUUUCAAACAUGUUUUGAAAAAACUACUUGUUUGCAGUUUUGCUACAGGGUAUAUUCCCAAAUCCUGGAGGGAUAUUACUGUAAAGUUUAUUCCGAAAGUGGGUCGUGCGUCGUAUGAAGAAGCAAAGAGUUUCAGACCUAUCAGUUUGACCUCUUUUCUUCUGAAAUGCUUAGAACGCAUUGUGGAUCAUCAUAUCCGUGAUGUUCAUCUGGCCAACGUGCCUCUUCAUGUGAACCAACAUGCCUACCAAUCUGGUAAGUCCACUGUGACUCUUUUACACAAGGUUGUUUACGAUAUCGAGAAAGCAUUCGCUCAAAAGCAAUCUUGUUUGGGUGUUUUCUUAGAUAUCGAGGGUGCCUUUGACAACGUGCCUUUCGAUGCCAUAUUGGAAGCCGCACGGAGUCAUGGUAUAUCUCCAAUGAUUUCCAAUUGGAUUCACCAAAUGCUCAAAAACCGAUAUCUCUUCUCGACAUUGCGUCUAGCAGGGAUUAGGAAAUUGAGUGUUUGUGGAUGCCCCCAAGGGGGAGUCUUAUCACCGCUUUUGUGGAAUCUCGUAGCAGAUACGCUAUUGAGGCAACUCAAUAAUAGCGGUUUUCCUACUUAUGGUUUUGCCGACGACUACCUAACAUUGUUAGUUGGUAUGUGCAUCAGCACCCUUUUCGACCUGAUGCAAAACGCCCUUCAGGUAGUUGAGGGUUGGUGUCGCCAAUAUGGCCUUUCGGUUAAUCCGAGUAAAACAUCUAUUGUUCUUUUCACGGAAAGGCGAAACCGUAAUGGCGUUCGACCUUUGCGUCUCUUUGAUUCUGAAAUCGAUGUGACUGAACAGGUAAAGUACGUUGGAGUCAUUCUUGAUUCCAAGCUUUCCUGGACACCUCACAUUGAGUUCAGAAUCAAGAAAGCUUGUAUGACCUUCGGGCAAUGCCGGCGUACUUUUGGUACAACUUGGGGUCUAAAACCCAAGUAUAUCAAAUGGAUUUACACAACUGUGGUUCGGCCAAUAUUGGCUUAUGGAUGUCUUGUGUGGUGGCAAAAGGGUGAAGUGAGAACGGUCCAAUCAAAAUUAGGCCAUCUCCAAAGGAUGUGCUUAAUGGCGAUGUCUGGAGCGUUCUCUUCAACUCCUACGGCAGCGCUAGAAGUUCUCUUUGACGUUGCCCCACUACACAUUCAUCUCAAACAAGAAGCCCUUUCUUGCACUUACCGGUUACGGGUACUCGGUCUACUAGAGGAAACUCCUGUGAACCGCAGUUCAACACACACCUCGUUGUUUCCACUUUUGGUGAAUUGGGACAAAAUUGUCCUUGCUCCAAGUGAUCUUACAAUUGCUUGUAAUUUUCCAUAUAGGACAUUUUCCACGAAACUCCCUUCCCGGGAAGAGUGGACAUCUGGUUAUCUGGAAAGAAGUAUUUCAGACGGUAUCGUAUGUUACACUGAUGGCUCCCUUCUCGAAGGUCGAGCAGGUGCUGGUGUUUAUUCUCGUGAGCUAAGGCUGUAUCAGUCUUAUUCACUUGGUAGACACUGUACCGUUUUUCAGGCCGAAAUCUUUGCUCUUAUGUGCGGAGUGCAAUCAGCACUUCAGCAGCACGUAAUGGGCAAAGUAAUAUACUUCUGUUCAGAUAGCCAGGCUGCUAUUAAAGCACUUGCUUCGGCCAACUCCAGGUCGAAGAUAGUUAUCGCUUGUCGAACUCAAAUCGAGAAGCUGAAUUCAGCAAACGCUGUUCACCUUCUAUGGGUACCUGGUCAUUCUUCCAUCGCUGGAAAUGAAUUGGCUGAUGAGUUAGCUCGCUCUGGAGCAUCACAUGACUUCAUUGGCCCUGAGCCAGCUAUUCCGAUAUCGAAGUGUUGGAUUAAGCUUCAGAUUCACACCUGGGCUGUCACUCAACACAGACAAUAUUGGAAUAGUUUGGAGUCAUGUCGUCAAACCAAAUUGUAUAGUGCUGAGCCAUCUCUACGGGUGGCGAAGUAUCUAACUAAUCUGUCUAAGCAGAAUUGCAGCAUGCUGGUCAAAGCAUUAACUGGCCACUGCCGACUCAGCUAUCACAUGGCGAAUAUUCAGCAAGCUGAUUCAUUUGCCUGUGAUAGCUGUGAAUCCGAUUAUGGAACUUCGUAUCAUUUGAUAUGUAACUGUCCAUUUUUCGCGCAACUGCGUUUCCGAGUAUUCGGUAAACACUUAUUAAGUGAAACUGACUUCAGAAACCUGAAUCUUCAGGAUAUUCUGUUGUUCUUAACCCGCUGUGGUAAAGAGCUAUAGGCUCUCUUUCGCUUUAUGCGUUAUUACAGUGCCCUUUUCAGGGCGCUGUUUGAACCCAUUGUGGUACGCUUGUGCGUUAGUACCCUCUUCCAGGGUAUUUUUCCUAUUUCCCUACCUGUCCCUAUCCCCAUCCAAAUCCUUUUUCCUUCCUUUUCCCUCAGGUAGAUGAUGAAAUAGGCUGUUAUUUUGGCGAUGGCACAAAUGUCCCAAAUGGAGGAUAACGUGCCUCUGGAGCCGGCCUUCUGAUAAUACCUUCGCGAGAGAAUAACAUACAUUUAAACAAGAGAGGAAUAAAAAGAGAAUCUUGUUCAUAACAGAAUAACCUAAUACGCUUGGAUAACAGUCAAUAUAUUUUUUGUACUACUAAAUGUGUCCUAUCAUCCCUUGAAACCUCCCGAACAAAAGUCUAUUUACGUAUACAUUCGUCCAUAUUUGUUGUAUGAACAAUUAGUGCGCUGUGUCUGUUGUGUGCGUAGAUGUUGGCGUAGUUGAUUUUAUUGAUUUUUCAGUCUUCUAUAAUCAGAUUUCAGAGCAGAUUUUUUUUUGGAUUUCAACACAUUGCUCACGUCGGCAGCAGUUCAUAAGGGAAAGCAAUUAGACCAAUGUUUGAAGAUUGAGAUAACGUGUAGUUCCUUCUGAGGUAGAGAGAAAUCAUACGGUCAGUAGAUUCAUAAAUUUACAGUUGUAGCAGGUUCGAGCUGAGAGAGAGUGAUAAGAAUGGGCCCGUAUGCAUCAAUUCGGAAUUGUUCGGUUUAGUUUGUAGGAAGUCCUAUUAGGUUUAUUACUAAAACCAAUAAAUUUUCUCCAACUCA